AUGCAAAGGAAGAUGCAAUCGAGUGGCAUCGAGUUCAUCAUUAAGAAUGAACAGACUUGCCACAUUAAGCACUCCGAGAAGCGAGGUUUGGCCAAGAAUUUGCACAUAGGACCUCACUGGCAAGCUCAAAAUGAUUCUCGUGUAGAAAGUCAUGGGUCUAUAAGACUACUGACAUAUUUGUUGGGAUGCUACUUACCAUGUAACCAACAUAUCAAACCAGUACAUCUAAUUCCUCCGCUCGAGAUACAAUAUGGGUGGAAUAUCAUCCCACCACCUGAGCAAGUCGAUCGUGUGGUGGCUCGAGUUAUCGUUCACAUCAGACCUUAUAAGUAG